AUGGCGAAGGUAUUCGACGCUGCAGAAGUCGCAAACCACAACACUCGUGAGAGUUGUUGGGUGAUUCUAUAUGGCAAGGUCUAUGAUGUUACUGAUUUCCUGUCCAAUCACCCUGGCGGUGCAAAGAUCAUUUUGAAGCUUGCAGGCAAAGACGCUACUGAAGAAUACGACCCCAUACACCCUCCUGGCAUUUUAGAGGACGAGCUCAAGCCUGAGGCAUGCCUUGGAACUGUGGAUGCGACCACAUUGCCAAAGCAAGAACCACCAGCAGAGCCGCAGGAGCAGGCGGUAGGGCCCCCACCUAUGGAGAACCUCCUCAAUCUCGACGAAAUCGAACAAGUGGCCACAAAGCAAGUGAGCAAAAAAGCGUGGGCAUACUACUAUUCUGCGUCAGACGACAAGUUCUCCAAACGCUUUAAUAACGAGGUUUACCGAUCUAUCCUUCUGCGACCAAGGGUCUUUGUUGAUUGCACCACGUGUGACCUGGAUACAUCAGUAUUGGGACACAAAUUGGGAAUACCUAUCUAUGUCUCGCCCGCUGCCAUGGCACGUCUCGGUCAUCCUUCCGGCGAGGCUGGAAUCGCAGAGGCAUGCCGAAGCUUCGGCGCCAUGCAAGUCAUCUCCAAUAAUGCUUCCAUGACCCCAGAACAGAUCGUCAAAGAUGCAGCCCCUGAUCAGGUUUUCGGCUGGCAGCUCUAUGUUCAGAUUGACCGAAAGAAGAGCGAGGCGAUGCUGACACGCAUCAACAAGCUCAAAGCCAUCAAGUUCAUUGUUCUCACUCUGGAUGCCCCCGUUCCGGGUAAGCGCGAAGAAGACGAGCGGAACAGUCUCGCAGGAGCGACGGCACCAAUACCAAGCGGUGUGAAGGCCGCUGAGCGCACCGCUGAUGAUACUCCUGAUGUGAAUGGAGGAUCUGGCGGUGUUGGCCAACAAUUGUUUGCUGGUACCGACCCCUCCUUGACAUGGCAGGAGACCCUGCCAUGGCUGGCCAAGCACACAGAUCUACCCAUUGUCCUCAAGGGUCUCCAAACACAUGAGGACGCAUACCUUGCCUCGCUGCAUGCUCCGCAGGUCAAGGGAAUUAUUCUUUCUAACCAUGGUGGGCGAGCCCUGGACACCGCCCCGCCAGCAGUGCACACGCUCUUGGAAAUCCGUAAAUACUGUCCCGAGGUCUUUGAUAAGCUCGAGGUUCACGUUGAUGGUGGCAUCCGCCGUGGCACAGAUGUCGUGAAGGCACUCUGCCUAGGAGCCAAGGCAGUUGGCUUGGGACGCCCUGCUCUCUGGGGACUGGCAGCGGGUGGUGUUGAUGGUGUCCGUAGGACAUUACAGAUCCUUGCCGACGAAACCAAGACCUGCAUGCGCCUUCUCGGUGUAGAGUCGGUAGAUGCCUUGGGUCUUCAACAUAUCAAUACCCGCAUAGUCGAGCAGCAAAUUUACGAUGGGCCUUCCGGUCUCGACAAUUUACGGCGUGCUUUCCGGGCGAAACUUUAG